AAGAUUAAAGUUAAACGCUGUUGAUGAAAUCGGGCAUAAUUGUAGAGUAGAACAGCAUCGAAUUGAUCAAUUACAUAAUUGAUAAACAAAUCUUUACUUCUUUUGUCUCGAUUAAUUAAUUAAACUCUAUUUUACUCCACGGAUAAGAUUUGUGAACGCACUCAUAUUUGCAUUAGAAUGUGAUGACACGUGACAUGACACUGUCAUAAAUUUGGCGGGAAAAGUUUAGCUCAGCUGUUCGAAUACAACAUGUAUACAUGCGAGAAAUAUCUUUUAUACUUAAAAUAUAAUAAAGUGAUAAUGGAAUUGCGUAAGUUGUUCGUUCAUACAUAAGAUGAGCAUGAUGGAUACGAUUUCCACGGAAAAGUUUUACGGCAAUAAAAUACAGAAGCGCAAAUUCAAUUCCAACGUUAAUUGGGUGAAAACAUAUCGGGUUAUGCCGUCUCAUAUACUAGGCCCAACGCAAUAUUGGGAGGAAUUUCACAGACAAGUUGAUGCUCUGACAGCAGCUGCUGAAUGUAGCACUAAACAAGACACACUCUGUAUCUUUGCGUAUCAACGACCUAGCGAUGGUAGUCGCAGAUUCGUUGUUGCACAUCCCGAAGUCUACUGGUGGUAUUACAAGGCAAAACCGCAAGAAGAAAGAAGUUCAUACGAGGUAAUACCAAAAGAUUCACCGUGUUGGUUGUAUCUGGAUUUAGAAUAUUUGGUCGAAUUAAAUCCACUAUGCAAUGGAUCACGCAUGACCAAGACAUUAAUAGAUAUUAUACGUGUAUAUUUACUAACCCACUAUCACUUGUUGUGUGAUAGAAAUAACUUUUUAAUACUGGACUCUACAUCGAGCACAAAAUUCAGCAGACAUGUGAUUUUCACCAUGAAGGAUAUGGCUUUUAAGGAUAAUUUACAUGUUGGAAAGUUCAUCAAAACGAUAUAUAAUGAUAUUAUGCUUUAUCUAAACUCAGAUACACAAUCGCAUGGAAUUUUAAGUCAAUUUAAUAAAGCAGAUAUCGAAGAAUUACUUGUGGAAACAAAUCAUGGAAAAAAGUUGUUUGUUGACAAUGGCGUUUAUACAAAGAAUAGACAAUUUAGAUUAUAUCUUUCUACCAAAUGGGGUAAACAAUCGUAUUUAACAGUCUCUGCAGAUUGCAUACAUAAUCCAGUAAAUAAAUGCAAAGAAAAGGAAUUAGGAGUCUUUUUGGACUCCCUGAUAUCGUAUUUUCCAAACAAGCAAAAUUUAAUUUUGCUCGAGUUUUUUAAUCGAAGUGAUGUAAAAACUCAACUUUAUUCAAAGAUACCAAUACAAUAUAAUAACAUGGAUGAUAAUCAGAUUUCACCAUACCCUGAAAUAGACGAAUAUGUUAGCAAUCUUGUUGAUCCCGGCAAAAUACGAAUCGCUAAAUAUUCCGAUAAAACCAAAAUAUUGAGAUAUGAAAUUUAUGGUAACAGAUACUGUGAAAACAUUGGUAGAUGUCAUAAAAGCAACAAUAUAUAUUGGAUUGUGGAUUUAAAUAAGAAAAAAAUGUAUCAGAAAUGUCAUGAUGAAGACUGUUCAGGUUUUUUGUCUACACCAAAGAAUUUGCCUGAAGAAAUUGCUUUCAAGUUUGAUAUAGAAGGUGAUGCUCUUAUAUCCCAUGCAAUAAUAAAUGAAAAUAUUGCAUAAUAAAAAAAAUU